AACCUUCUUUGAAUAAAGCCACUUAACGAAAGUGUUGCCACUUCUUAUUAUAAAGUCCCAUAAUCUCAUAGUUGCAUCUUAGUGCCCAUUGCAGCAUGGGUUCAUCUACUGAUUAUAAUAUGCUAGUGCCCAUAAUCGACCUCUCCCUACUGCAAAAAGAUCAUCAAACUAGGUCACUUGUCAUCAAUCAAAUCCGUGAAUCUUGCAGAACUGCUGGUAUCUUCGCUGUUAUAAAUCAUGGCAUACCUGAGACCAUUGCAGAAGAAGCUUUGACCGUGAACAAAAACUUCUUUAACUUGCCCCUGAAGAUCAAGGAGGAAUUCUUUUCUCCUGACAUGUAUAAACCGGUUAAAUAUGGUACAAAUCAAGGCGGAGCUCACGGCAUCUUGUGGGAAUAUUUGAAGCUGUAUUCCCAUCCUUUUGAAAAAUUGGUGGAUCUAUGGCCUAAAAGUCCACCUGAUUACAGGGAAAUAAUGGGAAACUGCACAAUGGAGAUGAGGAAAUUAUCAAUUCAGAUAUGUGGAGCUAUGAUGGAAAGCUUGGAUUUGGAGGCAACAUAUUUGAAAGCAGAAAUUGAAAAAGGCGUGCAAAUGGUUGCGAUAAAUAGCUAUUCACCAAUUUCUGGAUCAAACAUGAAGAUAAUAGGUGCAUCCCAACAUUCAGAUUUUAGCGUCAUCACUCUUCUUCUGCAGAGUUCUUUAGGUCUUCAAGUCAUGGACAAAAAUGAUAAGAAGUGGAAAUCUGUUCCUGUGAUUAAAGGGGCUUUACUAGUCCUUGUUGGAGAUCUUUGGGAGGUAUUGAGCAAUGGUGAAUACAAAGCCGUCUUGCAUCGAGCAAUCCGAACUUCUGGGAAUGAAACUAGACUUUCUAUAGCCAGUUUCCAGAGUUUGGAAAUGGAUGAGAUCCUUGAGCCUGCUAUGAAACUUGUGAACGAAGACCAUCCUGAACAAUAUAGGGGCUGCUGCUUAAGAGAUUAUCUCAAGCAUCGUGCUUCUGGAGAAUCAAAGCCCUUCGUUGAAACAGUUCUGCAUUCGCAUACUGACUCAAGUUGACUACAAAGUACCAAGGUUAUAUCAACUGGACAUUGGCAAGGGACAAUUCAAAAGAAGUUCGAUAAAUGAUGAGGGCAUUUACCCUAGUUUUGCAUGCUUUGGUGGAUUUUUGCUGCUUGCAGGUUCCUUUCGCUUUGUAUUGUUUUAGUUCGCAAAAGAAGACCAAAAAAAACAGAGGAAUUUUUCAACAAAAGGAAGUACUUGCAACACUGACCAAGGACAGAACAGUUUCAGUCGCAAAGUAGGUGACUGCAGCUUCAAUCAGCAGAACUACAGCAAUAACAGUGAAGCUAAGCAGCAAAUGUGCAACAGCCAUCUCCUUUAUACUACUAGGAUUAUCGGUGAAAUGGAAUGUAGGAUGUGGGAUCCGAGCCAUGAUCAAAAGGAGCUGAAUCAGCCUGACAACAAAGCACCACCGCUUACUUUUAUACCAGCAUUAUCGGUGCAAAGUGCCACGUAGGAAUCCAAGCUAAGAUUAGGAAAAGCAGAACGGGUCUAACAACAGAGCACCACCGCACCGCACCGCUCCAUUAAUAUAUGUAUAUUUGUAAAUCGUAGAGAUAUAAACAGAUAGAAUGGUCAUUCAGGCAUGCUGAUGAAAUGAUGAAGAAGCCAAUGCUUCUUAUGGUCUAACCAUUUUGCAUCGAAGGGCAGAAACGAAUAUCAGGGAUACUAUGGUAAAAAAUCAGCUCAUGAGUAAGUAAAUCACAGCCAUGCAAUCAUCCGCCACCAGCUUCGCAUGGCCAAAUGAUGUUGUGCAAUUCCACAAAUGGCCACCGACGGAAGGUGCCAACAGGGGAGGCUACGAAAUCUGCUGUUCUUUUUAUACUUCUUAGGAUAUAGCUCAUGAUGGGGAUAAAACCAAGAAAGACGCAGACUUACGUAUAUUCCUCGAAUUCGGAGGGUUAGGAAUAUAGGAGGUGGUGGUGGUAAACCAGAAUUGAAUUAUUAAGAUUCUUUUCUUAAAUCCCUUUUGGGAAAGUAGUCGGGUAAUUAAGGUGUCUGGUCCACUACACUAGCAAAGAAAAGUUCUAAAAUGGGGAUAUCCCUCCCUGACUUUAACAUAUAACUUGAGGAAUGUACUGGAUAGAGUUGUUAGAAAGCCUACAAUAAUAUGAUGUAUAUGAUUUUACCCCA